AUGAAGAUCAGUCUUUCCUCCUCGUUGUUCUCCCUUCUCUGGGUCACGGCGUCACUUGCUCAAAAUUUCAUCGACGAAAUGUCCUUUGGACAUAAACAAACCAUCUCGCCAAAUUCCUUUGCCAUUCCUGGUUGGUCCAUGCUCGGCGAGGGACAUCUGCCUCAACUGCUGUCGGACAAAGUCAUCCUUACACCUCCAUAUGGCGGCCACAAGCGGGGAGCAUUAUGGACUGAGCAGAAGAACUCAUUACAAGAUUGGACUGUGGACUUCAAAUUUAGAGCAAGUGCUGCGGAUAGAGGCAGUGGGAAUUUGCAGCUGUGGUACGUGGCCAAUGGGGACAAGACAGUGAGCACGUCCAGCAUAUACACCGCGGGCAACUGGGAAGGACUUGCGAUAGUCGUUGAUACAGUAGGAGGAAUACAGAAGAUUCGAGGAUUUCUCAAUGAUGGGACUGUCGAUUACAGAAACCACCCAAACGUGGACAGCCUAGCAUUUGGGCACUGCGACUACGUCUACCGCAAUCUCGGACGACCAUCUCACAUCAAUGUGAGACAUACUCGGGCCGGAGGUCUCGAAGUUCGUAUGGAUGAUAAAAUGUGCUUCACAACGGCGAAAGUCUCACUACCAUCGGAUUAUGGCUUUGGGAUGACAGCAGCGUCAGGAGAUCCUCCCGACUCCUUCGAAGUGUUUGCGUUUACUCUAUCGCCCAUCACCGUGCCAACGCCCCAGCAAGGAACGAACCAACAAGCAUUUUCGCAAAAUCAAAAUCAAGGCCAAGGGAUGAUGCAAAUGGACGAUCACCCGGCCUCCUAUUACACCACGACCGAAACCCAAUUUGCGGACCUCCAUAACCGCCUCAACCUCAUCUCGAAAUCCAUCCAGAACCUCUUCGCCGAAGUGCAACGCGUCUCUUCCUCGUUGGAGUCCCGACACGCCGAGAUCCUGGCCCGCAUGCCCAAUGCACAAUCUAUUCUUAGUCUUGAUAACCGGAUGGCCAACCUCGACCGGGUCGUCUCCUCUCUGGAGAAGGAGUUGAAGAGCGGCGACCACCGCACGCAGUUUGCGAAAUUGAGCGAGCAAAUCGCGCAGACCCAUGUGGGCGUGACGGAACACGUGCCACAGAGGUUGAGGGAAUAUGUCAUUGCGCACACGCCCAGGAUCGGAUUCAUCCUGUAUAGUUUUAUGGCGUUCCAGACAUGUUGCAUUGGUGUGUUUGUAUGGUAUAAAUGGCGGAAGAGCACGAUGCCCAAGAAAUACCUGUAG